AUGUAUCUAACAAAAUUUGCUAAAGAAGUUUUAAGUGAUUUGGAAAGACUAAAGCCAGAUGUUAAUGAUGGUGAUGAAGAUCAUGAUCUUGAACACGGUAUUGGUUAUGAUGAUAAUGAUGAUCUUGUUGAUCAUAAUGAUUUUGAAUGUCGUCGAAAAUUUCGAUUACCAUUGCAUAAAAUAUCAGAAAUUAUUAACAUUCUAAAAAUUGAUUUGUCUCCAAAAACAGAUAAAAACAAUCCCAUUUCACCAGAAACAAAAGGCUAUUUUGCUAUAAACUGCCAGUUUGUUGUUGAUCCAGAUGGACAGUUCCGAGAUGCUGUUAUCAAAUUUCCAGGAUCGUGUCACGAUGCUUUUGUUUAUUCAACUUCAACUUUGAAACAAACAUUAGAGCUUGAUCCAGCUUCAGGUUUUCUUUUCGGUGAUUCAGGCUACGGGUUAUCACCUGUCAUGAUUACUCCAUUUAGUCCUCCAUUAAACCCUGAAGAAAUAUUGUUUAACAAAAUUCACUCAAGGGUUCGAAGUGAAAUACAACGUUGUUUUGGCCGUCUUAAAAACCGAUGGUGUCUACAUAAAAGUGGUGGAACACUUCAAUAUACCCCAUCCAAGUGCUGCUCAAUAAUUUAUACUAGUGUAAUACUCGAAAACAUGUGCAAUUCACUUGGUUUAGAAGAUCCAGACAACGUAGUAAUUAUUGAGGAUGCAGUUGACAACACUGAAGAUAAUGGCAACUGUUCAGGUGUUGGUCAAAGACAAACCAACCAAUUUCGACUUGGUAUAAUUAGAAGAAAUAACUUUAAAAGUUAUAUGUUUGUCAAUAGACAUCGUUAUGUCUCAUGA